GUCUAUUGUCACGGGUUGCCACAUUGUCUAGGUCGUCCUUAACUACGUCAUUUAAAAAAUGUGGUUAUUCGUCAGCUUUUUUGAUAGGAGAGGCAUUCACUGACUUGCCCUCCUCGGAGGUCCAUCGCUUGUUGCAUCCUAUAUCUUUAGCUAGCAGCAGUAGGUACAUGGAGAAUUGUCAUGCGGUUCCGGCCAAGAGACCGCUCCACUCAUGUGUGAUAAUAAUGCACCCCGCGUAAUGUCGGUAUACCCACAUGUGUCUAUCAAAAAGAAGGUCGAGAAACUGCAUCUUUUGCGUGAACACAACAUAAGACACGCAGGGGCAAGACAUAACUGACUUUUGACCACUUUUGCAUGUCCUACGCAUGAGGAUGGUUGGUUUCCUCAUGUGUUUUCUCUGUUACUUCGACCACUCCCCACUCUGGCCACCUGCCAGCCAAACACGCCAUCGCUGCCCCUGCUUCCUCCAUGUACCAUCUUCUUCUGAGCGCCAGCUUCGCUCCACCUCCACGCCAUCCACCGACGGGGUCGCCGGCCACCACCGCGAAGGGCACCGAUAGGACGAAACCUGUGUUGUGCCCCCACCACUGCAUACUCCCCACCCUCCCCGUCUCCAGCAUUGUUGCAAGAAGGGAACCCCAUGGCCUGCGACCAGGAGAGUGCAAACUGCAUGAUUCGAUUUACAGGAAGUUCAGUUCAGUUCGAAGUUGGGUUGAGUGUCUGACCUCCGUCCCUCAUCCACCCUCCCACAUUCUCCGCUGCAGGAUGGAACAAGACCUCCUGAUCUGCGGCAAUGCCACGCGCCCGACCGGGCUCCUCCUCCAGCUCCGUCUCCUCACGCGCCGACCAGCUGCUAAAUAAACUCAAGGAUCAUCUGGGCCCUAGGACGCUCCAGCCGGAGCGCGCACACCAACUGUUCGACAAAUUGCUGCGCCAAACCGUUCCGGUAUCAGCGUUCGCACUCAAUGGCUUAUUUGCCGUCCUUGCGCGUGCACUGCCCUCCGCUGCCUGCACCGAUGGCCCUGCUCUAGCCAUUGCUCUCUUCAACCGAAUGAACCGAGAGGGCCACCAGGUAAUAGCGCCCACCAAUCACGCCUACAACAUACUAAUUGACUGCUGCUGCCGCUCGCGCUUCCCGGGCCUAGGGCCUGCCUUCUUUGGCCGCCUCCUCAAGACAGGCAUCAAGGCGAACAUCAUCACCUUCCACAGCCUAUUCAAGUGCCAGUGUGACAUCAAGCAGAUGGAGGAGGCCCUCAACAGGCUGCUCUACAGGAUACCUGAGCUGCCUGAUAGCAUCUCCUACUCAAUAAUUAUUAAGAGCUUAUGUGACAAUGGGAGGAGCCAAUGUGCACUUGACCUGCUCCGGAUGAAGGCGAAAAAGGGAGCUGACCACUACCCUGAAGUGGUGGCAUACAACAGGGAGGAGCCAAUGGCUUAAUUAACGAGGGUGAACUAAGCAAAGCAUGCUCUCUAUUCCAUGAAAUGAUGCAGCAGGGGGGUCGUGCCUAAUGUGGUGACGUAUAGCUCCAUUAUCGAUGCAUUGUGGAAAGCAGGAGCAAUGGACAAGGCAGAGGUGGUCCUUCGACAAAUGGUUGGUAAUGGUGUUCGACCGGAUAUUUUCACAUAUACUAGCCUGAUCCAUGGAUAUUCCAUUUCGGGCCAGUUUGAAGAGGUCGUUAGGUUGUUGGAAAAAAUGAGAAGUCAAGGUGUCAAACCAACUGUUUUUACUUGCAACACAGUCAUGGACUACCUUUGCAAGCAUGGAAGAAUCAAAGAAGCUGCAGAAUUUUUUUAUUCCAUGGCUGAGAAGGGUCAUAAACCUAAUACAGUCUCAUACGCUAUUAUGCUUCAUGGGUACGCUAAAGAAGGAUCCCUUGUUGAUAUGACUAAUCUCUGUGAGCUGAUGGCUGGAGAUGGUAUCAUACCCAACAUCUGUAUUUUCAACAUAUUGAUUAGUGCAUAUGCUAAGUGUGGAAUUAUGGAUGUGGCUAUGCUUUUCUUCGAAGACAUGUUGAAGCAGGGAGUGAACCCUGAUGAAGUCACGUAUUUAGCUAUGAUAGCUGGGUAUUGCAGUAUGGGCAGUAUAGUAUUAGUAAGUCUGACGUGUGCUAAGAUUUCAGAAUAUAACAGA